CAGGGAUGGAGCUCAAUCCAAACCCGCGAGUGGCGAUCCAUCGACUGCACCUCGUGCCCCUCUCGCCGGGAAUACGGCAGGGUUAGCCGCCCCAGGCCUGCAGACUGGGGUCGCUGUCCGCAUCCCGGCCGACCCAAUCGGAACCGCUCCGGGACCCCACUCUCCGCCGCCCGCGGUCCGACGCGACCCCGCCUUCGGCCGGGAAGGUCCCUCUAGCCUGAGCGUCUCGAGCGAGGGGCGCGUGCACGGACGAGACCGUACCGCAGCGCACGCGCACACACACACGAGCACACGCUCGCCCGCCACCCAGGAGGAGACGGGAGGCAUGGAAAGUUCUAGCCGGUUCGGGAGCCGAAGGGUUGGUACAGUAGGCUUCACUAGACUUAGCUGCAACUCAGAAUUUCUCCUCCAGCACCUGAGUAAAUGCUGAUGGUCUUGUGGAGAGUGGAUUAAAAGUACGAGCUAAGUUCUCAAUCCCAAUUAAGAAGCGGAGGAAAAUUUAAACUGUCUCCUUCAAAGUUUAUCACAACCACCACCAUCAAGACAGCAAACCAAAGGACAAAGACUUUGACCUGCUGUGUUGCUCUGUAUAGUCCAGUUCACGUAUGGUUUGCAGACUUGGCUGGGUUACUAAUAAGUAAAUAAACAGUUGGAAACUUCUGUCAUUGGACGCUUUUAUUCUCCAGUUCCCAGAAUGAGGGCUGUGCUGGAGACAGCAGACAUUGCCAUAGUGGCCCUAUAUUUUAUCUUGGUCAUGUGCAUUGGUUUUUUUGCCAUGUGGAAAUCUAAUAGAAGCACCGUGAGUGGAUACUUCCUGGCGGGGCGCUCUAUGACCUGGGUAGCAAUCGGUGCCUCUCUGUUUGUGAGCAAUAUUGGGAGUGAGCACUUCAUUGGGCUGGCAGGAUCUGGAGCUGCAAGUGGAUUUGCAGUGGGCGCAUGGGAAUUCAAUGCCUUACUGCUUUUGCAACUUCUGGGAUGGGUUUUUAUCCCGAUUUACAUCAGAUCAGGGGUAUACACCAUGCCUGAAUACCUGUCCAAGCGAUUUGGUGGCCAUAGGAUACAGGUCUAUUUUGCAGCCUUGUCUCUGAUUCUCUAUAUCUUCACCAAGCUCUCAGUGGACCUGUAUUCAGGUGCCCUCUUUAUCCAGGAGUCUUUGGGUUGGAACCUUUAUGUGUCUGUCAUCCUGCUCAUUGGCAUGACUGCUUUGCUGACUGUCACCGGAGGCCUUGUUGCAGUGAUUUACACAGACACUCUGCAGGCUCUGCUCAUGAUCGUUGGGGCACUCACACUUAUGGUUAUUAGCAUAACAGAGAUUGGCGGGUUUGAGGAAGUUAAGAGGAGGUACAUGUUGGCCUCACCCAAUGUCACUUCCAUCUUGUUGACAUACAACCUUUCCAACACAAAUUCUUGUAAUGUCCGCCCUAAGAAAGAUGCCCUGAAAAUGCUGCGGAAUCCAGCAGAUGAAGAUGUUCCUUGGCCUGGAUUCAUUCUUGGCCAGACCCCAGCCUCAGUAUGGUACUGGUGUGCUGACCAGGUCAUCGUGCAGAGGGUCCUAGCAGCCAAAAACAUUGCUCAUGCCAAAGGCUCCACUCUUAUGGCUGGCUUCUUGAAGCUUCUGCCAAUGUUUAUCAUAGUUGUCCCAGGAAUGAUUUCCAGGAUACUGUUUGCUGAUGACAUAGCUUGCAUCAACCCAGAGCACUGCAUGCAAGUGUGUGGAAGCAGAGCAGGUUGCUCCAAUAUUGCCUACCCACGCCUGGUGAUGAAGUUGGUUCCUGUGGGCCUGCGGGGCUUGAUGAUGGCAGUGAUGAUUGCUGCUCUGAUGAGUGACUUGGACUCCAUCUUUAACAGUGCCAGCACUAUAUUCACCCUUGACGUGUACAAACUCAUCCGCAAGAGUGCAAGCUCUAGGGAACUAAUGAUUGUGGGGAGGAUAUUUGUGGCUUUUAUGGUGGUGAUCAGCAUUGCAUGGGUGCCAAUCAUCGUGGAGAUGCAAGGAGGACAGAUGUACCUUUACAUUCAGGAGGUGGCAGAUUACCUGACACCCCCAGUGGCGGCACUCUUCCUUUUGGCAAUUUUCUGGAAGCGAUGCAACGAACAAGGGGCUUUCUAUGGUGGAAUGGCCGGCUUUGUUCUUGGAGCAGUCCGUUUGGUAUUGGCCUUUGCCUACCGUGCCCCAGAGUGUGACCAACCUGACCACAGGCCAGGCUUCAUCAAAGACAUCCACUAUAUGUAUGUGGCCACAGCAUUAUUUUGGGUCACAGGACUCAUUACUGUAAUUGUUAGCCUUCUCACACCACCUCCCACAAAGGAACAGAUCAGAACCACCACCUUUUGGUCUAAGAAGAACCUAGUAGUGAAAGAGAGCUGUUCUCCAGAAGAUGAACCGUACAGAAUGCAAGAGAAGAGUAUUCUGAAAUGCAGUGAGAACAGUGAGGCUAUCAACCACAUCAUUCCCAAUGGGAAAGCCGAAAACAGCAUGAAGGGCCUUCAGCCUGAAGAUGUGAAUCUGUUGGUGACCUGCAGAGAGGAGGGUAACCCAGUUGCUUCCUUAGGUCAUUCAGAGGCAGAAACACCAGUAGACGCAUAUUCCAAUGGGCAAGCGGCUCUCAUGGGUGACAAAGAGAGAAAGAAAGAAACAGAGGAUGGAGGCCAGUACUGGAAGUUCAUAGAUUGGUUUUGUGGCUUUAAAAGUAAGAGCCUCAGCAAGAGGAGUCUCAGAGACUUGAUGGAGGAGGAGGCCGUUUGUUUACAGAUGUUGGAAGAGACUCCAAAAGUUAAACUAAUACUAAAUAUUGGACUCUUUGCUGUGUGUUCGCUUGGUAUUUUUAUGUUUGUAUAUUUCUCCUUAUGAACGUAAGGAUAUGGUGAGACACUAACUUAAGAAAAUACUGGUCUUUGGAAAAAAUUAUGUAACUGUUGCAUCUCUCAGGCAUUGUUUACGCUGUAGGUUUUAGCCAAAUUUUACUUAGCAGAAAAUCACCUAUUUGCAAGACUUUAUUUUCCCAGAUAGAUGAGAGUAAAUCUUCAACUUACGUGAGGCAAAACAUGUUUAACAGACAGAAUUGUCCAAAUGUGGUUUAAAAGUUUCCAUACCAAAGUAAGGGGAGACCAAUUCUCAUAGAGCAGUUAGAGCAGAAUGAAUGUGGUGGUAUCGUGAAUUUAUGGUAUACUGUCUCACUGCCCAGUCUCAGUAGACCUUCUUAUCCUGAAGUAGAAGAUUUGCUCAUUUGUGUUUUUUCUGUUUCUGUAAUUUCUACUACCAUUUUUAAAAAUCUUGAAUUCUUAAACAUUGUAUAAUCAAUUACAUACUAAAAAUCUAAUGUGUUUGUGUGGUACUUGUUUCAGGAUAAGUUAGUUUGCCAGGUUCAUUUUUAGCAUGAGCCUGUGACUUCCAAUUGCCAAAAGAAUGGAAGAAUGCUUUCCUGUAGGUAUUUUUAUACCUCCAGUAUAUGGAAUGUUAGGGAGAAACUUUGUUCCUGUUUCUU